AUGUCUGCGACCAUGGAAGAGAAGGUCCAGGAGGCCAGCAAUGCAAAUGAGCCACUGGAGAUACGACACAAUCAACAAACAAACCUCGAACGCUGGCAGCCAUGUUGCAUAUGGCCUGUUGGAUUUAACGGUCUCAUACAAGACCGAUGGUUUUAUGAGAAAUCCUCACGGCUGUACGACAAAGCCAGUCUACACCACAUUUUCGUCACCGUGUUGAUUGUAAUCGUAGUUGGAGAGUUGCUAUCGAGUGCGCAUUUGUGCUUGAGCGGGACAGCGACGCUGAGUCAUCUUGGCGAGGAAAACUUUUAUAAACUUGGACACCAACUUGUAUGGCAAGAAAUAAUGGCAUCUGUAAUGUCACUCGUGACCGGCGUAUUUCUCCAAAUAGUUACGUUUUACUGGUUGAAAUGCGGAAAUACUCUGAUCUACACAGACUACAAGAUCGCUUUCUACGUCGCCAUUGCAUGGAACGUGCUGGCGCUUAUCAUGGUCGUAAUGGGUUUUGACUACACGCAUGUAAUGCCGAUUAAAUCUCUUCAUAGUCUGAAAGCGGUGGCUGCAUUUCUCAUGUCAUUUUAUUAUAUGUCCAUCUUGUUGACGUCAUUUUUCAUGGGUGCUUGUAACGGUGUCAUAGUGAGCUUUCUGUACAUGUACCUUGAGGAUCUAGGUGCGGUACCUUUACUGCUGGGAAUCGCGAGCUUCAUCAGCCUCUCCUCCAACGUGCUUAUGUAUAUAUUUGUGCAUGACGUCAUAGAGGUCAUAGGUCACAUAUGGGUCAUAAUGUGCGGUCUGGGCGGAUACACUGUACGAUUCAUUAUAUAUUCACAAAUUUACAACCCCUGGUUCGUCUUACCGGGAGAGUGUUUACAAGGUAUCUCAUCGGCAGCUAUCAGCAUAGCUCUUACGUCAUAUUUUGCUGCGGAUGUUCCUACAGUUUCCAUGACAACCAUUCAGGGAAUUCUAUACAUGAUGCACAUGGGUCUUGGCACAUUCGCUGGAAAUCUUAUUGGUGGCGCACUUUACGAUCUGUACGGUGCACGAACGAUGUUUCUUCUCUUUGGCAUCACGAGUUGCACCGUGCUGGUUAUUUUCUUCUUCGCACUGAGGGUUACAGAGAAACCGAAGUUUCCGGAGCCUGAUUGCAAAACUUACCUAGAGCUUGAAGGUAUUAAUACCAACAAAAAGAACGUUGGCAAGGAGACUAAAGAAGACAACUGA